UGCGGGCGGGCUGGUCCGCACUUUAUGCCUGGUAUCACCGGCGCAUGCGCGCGGCGGCUUUGGCCGACCGGCGUUUUUCGCUGGUCUGCGAGGCUCGUGUCCUGAGGUUCGUCGUCGCGCAGACAUGCUGAACCGGCUUGGCGGCCGGUGGCUGCGGGCGCUGCCUACCCUGCAGCUUACGGCUCGGGGCCUGCCGCCGGUGCCGGGCCCGCCGAGUGGUGCCAAGCCCCCUGCUCUCCCAGUGUGGGCGGUGGCAUCAGUCUCUUCAGCUGGCGCGGGCGGCUGGUACGAGGCCCUGGCCGCUUCGGCGCCGGUGCGGGGUGCCGAGGACGUGCUGCUUGCGGCGCACGCCGCCACGGGCCUGCCAUGGUGGGGCAGCAUCCUGGUCACCACCGUGGCCUUGCGUGGCGCCGUCACGCUGCCCUUGGCGGCCUACCAGCACUACAUCCUGGCCAAGGUGGAAAAUUUGCAGCCAGAGAUUAAAAACAUUGCCAGGCAUCUUAACCAAGAAGUUGCAGUUCGUGCAAAUCAGUUGGGAUGGUCCAAAAGAGUUGCCAGGCUCACUUAUCUAAAGACUAUGAGGAGGUUUGUUUCAGAGCUGUAUAUUCGGGAUAACUGCCACCCUUUCAAAGCCACCGUGUUGGUCUGGAUUCAGCUUCCAAUGUGGAUCUUCAUGUCUGUUGCUCUCCGGAAUUUUAGCACAGGGGCAACAAAUUCAGAAGCAGGUUUUUCUGUUCAGGAGCAGUUAGCUACUGGCGGGGUCCUGUGGUUUCCUGACCUUACUGCUCUCGAUUCCACUUGGAUUCUGCCUGUCUCUGUUGGUGUCGUCAACUUAUUAAUAGUGGAGAUUUUUGCUCUACAAAAAAUUGGAAUGUCUCGUUUUCAGACGUAUAUUACAUACUUUGUCCGUGUGGUAUCGUUGUUGAUGAUUCCAAUUGCCGCAACAGUACCUUCAUCAAUUGCUCUCUACUGGUUAUGCUCCAGCCUCAUGGGCCUUUCACAGAACCUGCUGCUGCGUUCUCCUGGAUUUCGCCAACUUUGCAGAAUACCGUUGACCAAGUCAGAUUCAAAAACUCCUUAUAAAGAUCUAGUUGCUGCUUUUCAUACCAAGUUCAUUUCAAGAAAAUGAGAUAUUUUUUCAAUAAUUUUGAAGUAAUUACAAGUGUCACUAUCACCUUAAUGUAUUUAGAUUUAGAGAUUGAGGUAUGAUUUAAUUUGCCUUUAUUUAAAAUCGUGACCUUCAUGAAAUAUUGUAGGUUGAGAUGUAAUCCAGAUAUAUUUGAAAAUAAUUAAAGUCUAUCAAGUGCUAGAAAUGUAUGUUUAAUUAUAAAAGAGUAUAAGAAUGAAACCAAAGUAUAAAAUUAUACUUCUUUGGGGUAUCAGAACUUUGGAGAACAGAGUUAGACACUAAAUGAUGUCAAAUUAUACCAAACACUCCCACAUAUUAGGGCUUGGAAAAUAAGAGAAUCCAAUGAGGUGAUUCUUAAUGUUUUGGAGGUAGGGAGGAUUAUAGACCUAUCUGAGCACACGAUAAAAGGCUCUGUAUGGUUUUUUCUUCAGAACAAUCCUAGGACUCAUUAAAUGGGAACUUCAUUGACACCCCAAAGGUCUUCCGGCAACUCCUGCCUAAGAAAUUUUAUUCUGAUGGAAGAUAAUAUUGAUGUUGAGUUAAUGUGUAGCUGAAAAGAAAAGUACUUGAAAUACAUGCAAUAGGAUAGUCCAACUACCUAUAGGUAUACAGCUACCUAAUAUGGUAGAUAGUGUUGCUUCCCAGCCCUGCUCUGAAACAGUAUAAAAAGUGUACAUUUCUUUUUCUAUAAUUUAAGAAGUGUGGAAUACAGGGUGUAGCACUAUGUACUGCUAGAGCCCAAAGUGGAAAAUCUUAAGCAUUAAGUUUGUUUAGUCAAAGGAAGAAAAUUAGAAGAACAGCUACCUACUGUGAAAGUGCUUUUUAAACUCUUUAUUUGGAAGGGUUAUGUACUCUAAUAGACUUAAACUAUGAUAGAGGUUUAACAUAGGAAAAAUCCAACUGUUUGCUUGUUUAAUUUGGAAAGAUGAUGAAAUUAACUCUGGUUGAGAUAUUUAGGAAUAAGUUUGACAGGUAUUUGAGAAGAUUAUAAAUUUUCAUUGAAUUAGAAUAUCAACCUGAUUCUGAGAAACCUUAUCAUUCCAUCUUUUUUUUUUUUU